AGUUCCUGUUUGUUAAAAAUUAUCAGAGCUUACCAUGGUUUAUCGGUGUACGCCGAGUAACCAAUAUCAAUUGUAUUUUAAUCAAAUAUCGCGAUAAAACAUUGCGCACGUUAUUCCACGUAAACAUCCAAACAAAAUGUAGUAUUUAAGUAAUCAAUUUUUCUAUAUGUAAAAAAUGUUUGAUAUAUAUUUACGGAGGCGAAUAUGGUUUCGUUUGUUAUUUACAAUUGCGUUCAUAUUCCCGCUGAUUGACAGUUAUGAUAGAAAACAACUGACAUUCUGCGAUGAGAAAUCUUCUCGAAGUUUAUUAUUUGUAAGCACAUUAGAUGGAAAAAUAUCUGCUUUGGAUGCAAGCAAUUUAGGGAAGAAACAAUGGACUUUGGAUUUUAAUGAAGAACCUAUGUUAACAUCUAACAUACAUCAUAGAGAGUUCAAUGACAAUGGAAAAAGGAUUUAUUUUAUACCAUCUUUAAAUGGAGGAUUAUAUAAAUUGGAUGAAAAAAAUUUGGAAGCAGUGCCUGUGUCUGUAACACAAUUAAUACAGUCAUCUUUCCGUUACUCUGAUAAUUUAGUAUUUUCUGGUGGUAGGGAAGUGAAAUCUUAUGGAGUUUCAGGUACAACCGGAGAUAUAUUAUAUGAAUGUGGAAUUACUGGUUGCACUAAUAACACUGGAGGAGAAUCAUAUAUUGAACGAGAUGUAAUUAUUGUCCAGCGGUACCAACAAACAGUAAGAGCAGUUGAACCACGUAGUGGUAAUGAAAGGUGGAACUUUAGUGUUGGCCAAUACGAGAUGGUACUGUUACCUCAAUCUGAUGUAUACUGCCAAAACAAAAUUGAAGCUCAUAUUCGAGAUAUUGAAAUUAAAGUUGUUGUACCUGAUGGUUUAAUAUGGGCUAUUAACAAAAAUAAUCCUAAAGUAAAAUUGUGGCAAUAUAAAUUUGAUUCUCCAAUUGUUACUAUAUGGCGUGAACAUACAAAUGCAGACAGUGGGCAUAAAUAUUUAAAAGAAAUGAAUUUAUUUGAUAGUGCACAGUGGUCUUGGGGUAAAGAAUUUUCAGUUAGUCCAGGAAUUUAUUUAGGUAAACACGAUAAACAGUUAUAUGUACAAGAAAAUUCAGAAUUAUAUAAAUCAUUGGAAGUAUCAUUACCAUAUACGCAACACUCAAAAUAUCCUUUGCAACUUUAUCCUGCCACUGGUAAUACAUUUAUGAAAGUCCUUCCAGCUCUAGAAGACGAACAUGAGAAUAAUAAAGCUUUGCUUCAGAUAGAUGGUUUACAAAGUAUCACUGCAUUGUCAGAAUAUGUAAAGGACAACGGGUUUUACUUAUACUCAAAAGAUCAGUUACAAGUGGAUAACACACAAUGUAAUCGUACUAAUUCAAAUUCAACAAUUAUCAAUGGAGACCGAGAAUCAUUUACAUCUAAUAAUACUCAUAGUGAAGAUGCUGAUACUUCUGUUGAAGUUAUAAUUGUUUCACUGUGGUAUUGGUGGAAAGAAGUUUUAAUCAUUUCUAUUACCACGGCAAUUCUUCUCAAUUUCAUGUUAACACAACGACUGUUAAAUGUUACUACAACUGCUAAGGAUGCAGUACUUCCGCCUUUGAUAGUGGAGAGACAUAUAGAGACAAACACAAAUAAUCUUCAAAUAAUCAAUGAUAAAGAAAACGUUGAUAACUUCAAAUCACGUUAUUUGACCGAUUUUGAGCCAGUAGAUUGUUUAGGAAAAGGAGGGUAUGGUGUUGUUUUUGAAGCAAAAAACAAAAUAGAUGAUUGCAAUUACGCUAUUAAAAGAAUCGCUUUACCGAAUAGUCAAUCAUCAAGAGAAAGGGUAAUGCGAGAAGUGAAGGCAUUGGCCAAAUUGGAUCAUCAGAAUAUUGUAAGAUACUUUAAUGCGUGGUUAGAAUGUCCACCUGCAGGCUGGCAAGAGUUAUAUGAUCCAAAAUGGAUGAAUAAACUUACAUUGCCAAAUUCAGAAUUUACGUCAGAUGGAAGUCCCAGUGAAAUGAAAGCCAAUAAUUCUGUUUCUAUUAACAUUUCUCAAACUGAUCAAUCGUCAAUAGAAAGCGCCUGCGAUGCGUAUGAUGCAUUUAAUCAUUCUGAUUCAGACGAAGACUCCUUUAUAGUUUUUGAGAAAUCUCAUUCACUGGAACAGAAUGAAAAUGUAAUUGACAUUGGCAAUUGUAGUACUGAGAGUUCUAAUUUGUCGCUUUCGAAUAACACAAAUGAUGAGACAUUGCCGAAAAUUGAUGAUUGUACAUGUUCUCAGAGCAUUGCAUUGGAAAACUUUGAAAAUAACGAUUACUUGGAAAAAGAAGAGAAAAGAAAGCGGCAAAAAUCAUUUUCUUUAGAUUUAAAUAACAAAACGAAUACUCGUAAUAAAUCCCCGAAAAUGUUUCUUUACAUACAAAUGCAACUGUGCCAAAGGCUAAGCCUCAGGGAGUGGUUGAAAAGUCAAUCAAUGGUGGAUUAUCAUCGGGUAUUAAAUAUAUUUCAGCAAAUUGUUGAAGCUGUAGAAUAUGUUCAUUUACAAGGGCUUAUUCAUCGCGACUUGAAGCCAUCAAAUAUAUUCUUCUCUUUUGAUAACAAAAUAAAAGUGGGCGAUUUUGGUCUCGUCACAGCGAUAACAGAAGGGUAUGACGAAGCUCAUACACCCCCUUCGAAAAAUGAAGAUGUUUCUCUGAGAAACAGUUUACAUACCGCUUAUGUCGGUACUCAUCUUUACAUGUCCCCAGAACAAAUAAAUGGACUAGGAUAUAAUUACAAAGUUGAUAUUUAUUCGUUAGGAAUAAUUUUGUUCGAACUUCUCAUUCCAUUUGUUACUGAAAUGGAAAGAGUAGCAGCUCUUAUAAAUUUAAGAAAAUCAGUGUUUCCAAGGAACUUCGAUAUCGAUCAUCCAGCUGAGUAUGAUUUACUUAAAAUGAUGUUAGAUGAAAAUCCUAAUAAUAGACCUACAACAUUAGGCAUCAAGGCAAGACCACCUUUAUUGAAUUAUGAAAUAGCUAACGGACUUGCCAUAGACGAAGACAAAAAAUGGCAUUUUGAAUUGCCUCAGAUUACAAGACAUUCCUCUGUGACUGGUAGUAGCAGUAGUAGUGAAUCUUGGGAGAAUAUUACCUGAGUAAUCAUAAAUCAUUUCAAAUAAUGUAUCAUGAAAAUGCAGGAAUACAUUCUAUUUAUUUCACACAUUCAUUUUAUGUUGCAUUAAAUUUCUGUAACAGCUAUACGUUUUAAAACAGUAUCAUUAAGAGUACUUGCUCAAAAUAUUGUACCAUAAAAUAGCAUUUACUCAGAUUUAUUGAACAAAUCGAAGUCUACGAUUUAAUGUUAAGUUUACACAAGCAAUACAUGAUGUGAAUUAUAUUGUCUUUCAGUAGGUUUGUUGAAUAUAUGAGUAAUCGAGAAAAUUAUUAAUUACAAUUUUUGUUUGUUUUUAAAGAUAAUUGAUUCUUACAAUGUAGAAUCCCAUGUUGUAUCGUCUAAUUGUAAAUAAAAGCUGCCGUCGUUGUGAAGCGAUAUUUAUAUAAAUAUAUUUUUUAAAAUUUUAAUUCGUGUUGCCUUAAAUACUUUUGUACUAGAACCAUAUUAUUUUAUAUUACUGUAACUUCAGAAAUUUUAUUUUUUUUAGAUAUAUUGUUAAAAAUGAUUGUAUUCGCUGUUACAAGUCAAAAUUAACAUAAAUCUAUUUUAUAGAAGAAAGGAAUAAAAUAUAAAUAUUUUAUUGAAA